AAUGGAGGUAUUUCAUUUGAGAAGAGUUCUACUUUCUUCCAACGACGAUGAGUAUUCUUUUACGGACUCAGUGACAUCAGAAUCUUUUUAGUAGAAGGGCCGGAGCGGCCGCCCAUUGUCCUUUAUUUUCCCUUUUCCCUUUUCAGCCUUCUUAAUAUUAAGGGUAAUGAUUUAGAUUGAGAUUCAUGAUUCCUUUCUUCGACUAUCAUAUCAACAGUUCCGCGCGCGCGUAUUGGGUUUCAACCAACUGGAAAAGACUUUGGUUGUGGGCAUGUCUGAAGAUUUGGUGGAAGAAAAGCUUAUCUCUUCCAAGGACCUCGAAGUCGGCCAGCUCUGCAGAGGUGAGAUCGCAAACAUUGUCGCUGAUCGAGGUGUCUUUGUGAAGGUAUUUCUGGCUUAUCUUUCUUCGUUACUUGAUGGAGUAGUUUACACGUCCUUAGUAAUGAUUUUUGCAGUCGACUCGCCUCUAUUUGAAAUUUAACUCUCCGACUCGUCCUGCUUAUAAGUACACCAUGAGCAUACCAAAUCGUUCUUGACACCAAAGAACAUGAUCGUGCUCAGCAUUUCUCUAUACUGAUCACAGUUGUCGAACUUCGUCACCGGUGAAAUUCCGU